CGGAAACAACAGGAUGUUCUUCUGAACCAGGAAAAGCUUGAAAACAACGCCAACCUUUGCCAACAACGUGUAUUUAUGAUUUUAUGGGCGUUGCAAAUAAUCAGCAAGAUGAUUUGGAGAGUGCAGUAGCUGUGUACAUUUCCCGUCUCCUCGUUCUUUGGUCACGCGUGUGUAUGUUGCACUAACUCACUGUAUUACCGAUUGGUAAAAUCCCUAUGGUGAAAAAUGAAUGGGAUGGAGGGAUGAAAGAAAUCGUGGUAACACCGAGAAAGCUGCCUUAGCAGCACUGCUAUCGCACAACUCUAGGGACAUAGACCUUCAAGAAAAUCACUGAGACAUCGUCAUCCCAAAUCUUGCUUGCUGCAUCGCCAUCGCUGCCUUGGUUGGUGACAGGAGGCUCUGGAGAAGGAGUGUCCAUCAAGCCCUAAAGGGCCAUAGCUUGGUCAUGAUGGACCACAGGAGAGCUCUAACCAUUUCACUGGCUGUUGACAAGGUGGAUAACGCUCAAAUGGGAAGUCCACUCAAAAUCCCUAAGACCCUCCUUUCUUCAGAGUUGGGAUGUGGGAAUGAAGAGGCACAGAUUCAUUGGUCCCAGAUUGCUGGAGACAGAAUCAAACUCCAAGAUUCCCGUCAGCAGAAUGGAUCCAUCUCUUUGGAUCAUGGCCAGGUGGCUUUAGCCCAAGCGGCAAUGGACAGGCAGGUCCAGUUGGUCCUCACGGACGUUUUAAAGACUGAACAGGGGCUGGCCUACCUGGACAAGAAAAGGCGUGGCCUGAUGACUGACAAUGGAGAGAGAAAGAGAGAGUCGUGGGUGGGGAGUGGGCAGAGGAGGGUGUCUCCGAGCAGCAGAGAGGGGGGGGAGGAUCGGAGAGAUGACCCCCAAUACAGAAAGAGACCCCAUGACCACGACACACCCACCUCGACCCGCAAGGAGACGAGGUCACACCAUAGAGGGGGGUCAGAGGAAGAAGAGGAGAUGAAAGAAGUCAUAAUAGGAGAGGAGAACGAGGGUAGUGUGUCAGGGAGGCGCAGGUCCGGGGUACCUAUGGAGGAGGUGACCUUUCCUGAGGGGGACAGGCACCAGAAAAAGCGUUACCCAGAAUCCACUAGGACCAGGAAGUUCAAUUCAGGUUCAAGUGAAUCCACACGCGCUGAGGGGGAGAGAUGUAGGAGGGAGUCUGGGCUCUACUGUAAUGGACAGGUGAAGGAUGGAUGGAUGAAGGAUGGCGCGGUGGAGAGCUUGACCACAGACACCUCCAGGCGCUCCAGGGGGAGCGUGCUGCGCCUGUCCGGGGAGUCCAGAGGCGUGGGAGGACUGCUCCCAAAACGGCUCUGUCUGGAGGGGACAGGGGGCAGAGACACCAAUGUAGCAUCCAUAGAGGUAGAGGUGGAUCCCUCCGACUUUGACGGGACCUUGAUGGUUGUCACUGUGGGGGAAGACGAGGAAGUUGUUAGCCCCUCUAACCCCAGCUGUGGAAAGGAGAGGAGAGGAACCCUGAGGCUGUGCCUGUCCUCCAGCCAGGAUAGGUCGCCCAAACCCAGCCCUGCUGAACCCAUUGUUCUCUCCAGUGAUGAGGAGGAGGUAGUCACCCCAUCCCGCAGUUCAGUCCUUUGGCCACAGACUGGCGCUAGUGAUUCUAAGCCCCAGAGAAAUCAUUCUCAGGAACAAAUGGGGGCAGAGAUGCACUCUCAGUUGGUGCCUGUGGUGGUGACCGGAUUUGGGGAGGCCCCCUUCCCCAGUACUGAGGACUCUGAGAAUAUGGGCCUGCCCUUCUCUUCCCUGCACUGUGGGGGGGUCCGUGGGGAGGCCAGCGGGAACCUCAGGAUCACAAACCAAAGAAUCAUCAUACCAAUUCAAGAGCCUUCGGGCCUGGUAGAAGUGAUGGUGACUGUGGAGCGCUGUCAGCUGUGGCGGUACAGCGUCUGGGACUGGGAGGAGCUACAGGAGAGAGGGCUGGGGUGGGAGGUUGAGGGGGGGCAGCCGCCCCCCGCCCUCCUCCUCCUCUACGUGUCAGACACCCAGGCAGCCGCUGUCCAAGAAGACCUGAGUGAGCUGUCAAUCAAACAGGCCUUAGACCCACCCACUGGUCAAGCCAGUCCCUUUCUCUUGCUCACUCUGUGUGACCCUCUGGAGGGGGUGGAGGGGGCUCUCCUUCGCUCCAUCCUCGACAUCAUCUGUCUCAACAACACCCCGCACGUCGACGCUACACGGCUCUGUGGCAGCUCUCCUGCCAACUGGGUUGUUGACCUCCACAGUCCCCUCCUGUCAUUGGAUGACAGUCUGGUGCUGGUCAGCAGAACUGGACUGGACCCGCAGCUACUCUCCCUACUGGGCCAUAACAGUGCCAAGCCUGGGACAGAGCCAGACCAGGACCAAGAACCAGAACAGGACAGAGACACACCUGGGCUGGAGCUGGACCCUCUGGACAGAGAGGUGGAGGGGGAGUCCCAGAUGCUACCAGACACAGAUACACAGAUGGAGGAGGAGCAGAGGGAGGGGAGUCCAGUCCAGCCCAGACCCGUGUACACAGUGUGUCACCACAGAACCAGAGGCUCCUACUCUGUGUCCCUGGGCCCCAAGCCUGGCUCCAACUGGACCCGGUACACACACCAGGGCCCCACACGCAGGUUGAUCCAGUUUCCUCCACCGCCUUCCAAAGGAGGGAUCACCGUGACAACAGAAGAUCUGGAGUGCCUUGACAAUGGCCAGUUCCUGAAUGAUGUCAUCAUCGAUUUCUACCUCAAGUAUCUGCUCCUGGAGAGGGCUCCACAGGAUGUGGCUGAUCGCUCUCAUGUCUUCAGCAGCUUCUUCUACAAGCAGCUCACACGCAGAGACAACGCAAGUGAGGACAGCACCAGCAUCUCAGCACAGCAGCGGCGGCACCAGCGAGUGAAGACGUGGACACGACAUGUGGACAUCUUCAAGAAAGACUUCCUGUUUGUGCCUGUCAAUCAGGAAGCCCACUGGUACCUGGUGGUGAUCUGCUUCCCUGGCCUGGAGGAGCCCCAGUGUGAGGAGUGGCGCAGCCCAGCCUCGCGGAGGGGAACAGGGGGGGAGAAGCCAGGCAAGGCCCAGGCUGAAGAGGAGGCCUCCGGGUCUGAAAAGCUUAAUGGUGUCACUGAUGUUCCCCCUGGUCCCACCAACACUGACAACCAAGACAAACUGACACUUACAGAGAGUGUUGUCCAGGGUGACUCAGUACUCCAGCCCCCUCCUGGUCCUCCGGACUGCACUGAGAAGACCUGCCACAGAGAGAAUGUCUGUAAAAGACCCUGCAUUCUCAUCAUGGACUCCCUCAAGUUCUCCCUCCAUGAGCGUGUCUUCAAACUCUUACGGGAGUACCUGCAGUCAGAGUGGGAGGUGCGUCGGGGCUCUGUGCGUGAGUUCAGUUCUGAGCAGAUGAGAGGCUCCCACUGUAAAGUCCCUCUACAGGACAACAGCAGUGACUGCGGCCUAUACCUGCUGCAAUACGUUGAGAGUUUCCUGCAGGACCCCGUGGUGCACUUUGAGCUCCCCCUGCGCCUAGAACACUGGUUCCCACGGCAACAGGUGCGGAGGAAACGAGACGAAAUCAGGGACCUGGUGCUGAACCUGUACAGACACCAGAGGGGCACGGUGGGUAGUAUAGGAAACAUGGGAAAUGUAGGCAGUUAGGCACGGUAACCACCUUGGGAAUCUGCUCAUGCUGAGCAACCAGGAAAUUGACAUUUCAGCCAGUGAUAUGGAAAUAUGAUUUCUUAGACAAUAAGCGUAUGUAGUUGUUUCACCGGCCAGCAGGGCCGUUCAAACAUACAGUACAUGCAGAUGUCUCAUCAUGUCAACAAGAAAUUAGCCCCUAACAUCAGAUGUUGCUUUAAUGACAUAAAUCCAACUAAGGAUGGAUAUAAAAUACUUGCUGUAGUAGCUGUUGAGUUGCUGUAGCUCAGGUUCUUGUUUGAAGUUGGUGCAUUAAAGGGUCAUUCCACAGAAAUUCAACAGUUAAAACUGUUAUUUUUUUACCCUUUCAGUAGAAUGCCCCUUUAAAGAGUCUGUCCCCACUGCAUCUUCUAGAUAGAACCACAUACCACCACUAUAGCCUCAUUUAACACAAGAGAUCAGAUUCAACAGGGUCUCCCUUUUAUUCUUUUACCUGUUUUACGAUGAAUUCCCCCCCUCCCCCAUGUGAUUCUAUUGUAAAUGUUAUGUCAGUUUGAUUUUUAUAUGUGGAUUUUGUUUUAAAAUGUACAUUUUGAUGAAAACCUGUUUUGAAUAUAAAAUAUAAUAAAUGCAUUUGUAGUCGGAAUUACAA